AUGGAGCAGGGAGCACGACGGAGGAAGGGUGCCGGGGCUGCUGGUGCCACCGCGCAACCAUCGGCCGAGCUCAUCCACCACGGGCACGCCCAUGGGCACACUGCCCCGCCCAGACCGCCGGCGAAGGAGGAGGGUCGAGUAGCGUUCUGGGGUCGUGUGCUGUUGGGCGUUGUGGUGCGGAUCACCGUGUCGGUCUCGAUCGUGCUGGCCGGCAUGGCCCUCUACCACGCCUUCGCCACCUGGCAGGAGGACAACUACUUCGCACCUCCUGGCAGCAUGAUCGACGUCGAUGGCCACUUCAUCCAUCUCCACUGCUUUGGUGGCCGCUCCCCUCAUGGCGAUGAUGACGAGGAAGGCGGCGACGCGACGCGAGAGCCGACGGUGGUGUUCGACCACGCGACGAUGCACCUCUCGCAGCAGUUCCACAAGGUAGUCGGCGCACUGGCCGCCACCAACCGCACCAUCCGCGUCUGCCUGGUAGACCGCGCCGGCUACGGUUUCAGCGAAGAAGCGCCCGAACCCGAUGUGUCGUCGCCGUCGUCGUCGGCUGAGCCGCGCAUCCGCACGGCCGAGGCCAGCGCCGAGGAGCUCUUCAAGGCCCUCCACCGCGCCGGCGAAGAGCCGCCCUUCGUUCUCGUCGGCCACUCGAGCGGCGGCGUCAACCAACUCGUCUACGCCGCCCGCCACGGCCCCGCCGCCGCCGCCGCUGACAACACCAAAGAAACCGAGGUCGCGGGCCUGGUGCUGGUCGACCCGAUGCCGCCCGGGUUCCGGCUGCCCUCGCGGCUGCAGGAGAUGAAGCGCACCGUGGCUACGGGCCUGCGCCUGGUGCCGUGGCUCGCGCGGCUGGGCCUGCUCCGCAACUUUUACUACCUGUCGUCGCUCACGGGCCAGGCCGACGCGGUCUACGCGGCCGACGACCUCCACUACCGCCGCUGGGCCGAGUGCAAGCCGGCCUACUGGCGCGCGGUGCUGCGCGAGUUCGAGGCCGAAGACGAGAAUCGCGCGAUCGAGCGGCACGAGGCUGACAUUGUGGCGCAGCGGUGGAGCCUGCCGCUGGUGGUGGUGGCGGCCGGACGCCUGGCGCCGUCGUUCGACGACGCAGCGCUACGCGAGGCGUGGAUGGCGGGCAUGCAGCGCCUGGCCAACUACUCGACCGGCGGGCGGCUCGUCAUUGCCGACGAGAGCGGACACGAGGUGCCCUCCGAGCAGCCGGACCUCGUAGCGCAGGCUAUCGUCUCCGUCCUCGACCAGUGGCGAACAACAACGACGACGACAACACAACCAGCGCCCAACACGCCAGCAAGCUAG